CCUUUAAAUUUAUAUGUAGCUCUAUCUUUGUCCUACUUUAUUCAAUAUUCGCUCUGACUGUCUCCCCUUCUUUGACAUAGUUGUCAAAAUUGCAGUAUAUGAAAUGUCAGUCUGUGAUCCAAGAACUUUUUGCCUUUGAAAAAGGCCUGAAAGCUGAAAGUGUAAAUGAAAAGCAAAUAUUUCUACCCGAAGCAGUAUCCAGCACAGUGCUAACUUCAUCAGACGUUAAACAUCAUAAUACGUAAAGAAAUAUGGCGUGUGUAUUGAUUAUCAGCAUUUCAAUUUGCCAAAAAAGUUGAGCUGGGAGGGCUGAGAUUUCACCAAACAAAACAUUAUCAUGACAUCUGAGGAUCUGCUGCAACCAGGGCAUGUUGUCAAAGAACGAUGGAAGGUGAUCAAGAAAAUUGGCGGAGGUGGAUUUGGAGAGAUCUACGAGGGGUUAGACCUCAUGACAAGGGAGCAGGUUGCACUGAAAGUGGAAUCCGCAAGACAACCCAAGCAAGUACUGAAAAUGGAAGUGGCUGUGUUGAAAAAACUGCAAGGCAAAGAGCACAUAUGCAGAUUCAUUGGCUGUGGCAGAAAUGACAGAUUCAACUAUGUUGUGAUGCAAUUGCAAGGCCGCAAUCUAGCUGAACUUAGGCGGGCUCAGCCUAGGGCAGCCUUCAGUUUGUCCACAACACUGCGAUUGGGCCUCCAAAUACUCAAGGCCAUUGAGAGCAUACACUCUGUUGGAUUUCUGCACCGUGAUAUUAAACCUAGUAAUUUCUCUAUGGGUAGACUGCCAUAUAACUGUAGAAAAGUAUAUAUGUUAGAUUUUGGCUUGGCAAGGCAGUACACAACUGCCACUGGUGAAGUAAGAGCUCCCAGGGCUGCUGCAGGAUUUAGAGGCACAGUGCGCUAUGCAAGUAUCAACGCACACAAAAAUAGAGAAAUGGGAAGACAUGAUGAUCUCUGGAGUUUAUUUUAUAUGCUAGUAGAAUUUGUGAAUGGCCAGUUACCAUGGCGGAAAGUAAAGGAUAAGGAACAAGUAGGCCUUAUGAAGGAAAAGUAUGACCAUAGAUUAUUAUUAAAGCAUUUGCCGUCCGAUUUAAAGCAGUUCUUGGAUCACAUACAAAGCCUGGAGUAUGCUGACAAACCAGAUUACCAAAUGUUGAUCAGUCUAUUCGAGCGAUGCAUGAAGCGACGAGGUGUGAAAGAGUCUGACCCAUACGAUUGGGAGAAACCCGCUGUGGUGGCAUCAGUGACAACAACAGAUGGUGCAACACCUGGGCAGCCUCCAUCACAAACUGGUGUGGGCAUUGGUCAGCCACCUACCAUUGCUCCCACUACCCUGCCCAGACAUAACGCUACUCAGUUACGACCUACUACUAUCGCCACUGACUAUAACCAAGAAAACAUCGAGCCCAUUACCACUGAUAACAAGGAGAUACCUUUAGACAUCAGGCACAAAGAGACAGAAAAUACAACUGCUCUAGUCACAGAUACACAUACAAAUGGUCCAAGAGCUACGGUGGACAAGAACUGCAAUGCUACAGAUCUGACGCAAGGCAACAAUCAAAACAUGGCCCACCAUAACCAAAGUGUGCAACACCAGCAGCAAAGAAAACGUCGGGCAAAAUCACACUUGGAGCAACCACCAUCUUCCGAUAGGCUGGACAAUGAUGCCGCCGCCAAAUCGAUAGCAUCAGACGCAGCAACAGCCAGCAAACCAAUACCGAUCAGAAAGUCACAAUCCGGCGUUGCCACCCUAGGCAGAUUGCGGGUAGCAACCCCUACAGGGGGAGACACAGGAACUGGUGGGGCCGAAUCUCCGGAUCAAGAGAAGCUGCCCGCCCAUUCGCAAUCAGGGGGCAGACGAAGCAGACAACCCUCCACGGCACGAAGCAGCAGAUCCGGACUCAGGGACCAGAGUGUCACACAAUUCGCCCAGAUGGAUGACGAGAACUUCAGUCAGCAGGUGACACGAGAAGGUGGAGCGCUUACACUAGCCAGUCAGUGGAAGUCACAAUUUGAUGACAGCGAAGAAACGACAGAUAAUGACUGGAAGCCCGAAAGCCAAGAGCAGUUACAUCGCACAGCAGCCACCACCGAGCCUCCUGCUGAGCCAGUACCUCCUCCCGCAGUCCUCAGUCGCAUCUCGGAGGACUCGCGCGCCAGUCACCGCAAGUACAUCAACAUCGCUGGCAUUGAAGACUACCCUGAGCUAGUUGGAGGUCUACCACGGGCCUGGUCCACGCCUUGCUUAGGACCCCGGAUUAGAGCUGGAUUAAAACCACCCCUGCUUCAACAAGCAGCCUUCGACGACCUGGUGUUCAAGGUGGACGUGAUGCGUAACGUAGCAAGCAAACAUCAAGGAGAAACUGGAACGAACUCUGAAGGUGCCGUACCUGGAGGUACUGUACUACAUGGUGACAGGCGAAUUAGAGGAGGGGGAGAUGGCCAUUGGACCAGUUUGCCUGCCAUGCCUAUUCUUAUGGCAGAACAGGCCGCUAGUGAUGGUAUCAAGGGACGAAUACCUGACGAAGUCGAGAAGGAGGUGGAAAAGGAGAAGGAAGACGUCGAACAAGAAGGCGAUGAAGAUGAAUGGCUCCAGGAAGUCGCCGGACGAUUGGAAAUACGCGUAGUACCAAAAGAAGUAGUAGCAAGCAAAGAACAGCCGCAGAACUCUUCCCCACCGAAACUUCAGAACCAGGAACUGAAGCAUAACGGUCAUGUAGAUAUUCAAGUACAAAAUACGCCCAAGGAGUCCCCUCAGAGACCUAAGAUUGAAAGAACAAAAAGUAUACUGAAGCAGAGCAGUAAAGAAAAAGCAGAUGUAGAUGUAGACCAUUUGCCGCCUAGUCCCAAAAGAGAAAAUAUAACAUUUGCACCUGACGUCAUAGCAGGAAAUGAGCAAAAAGAAGAGGAUCUACGGGUAGAGAAGACGCGAGUCAGUGAUACAAAGCCAACUCAGGGAACCGAAGAAAUGCUUGUAUGCAGACUGACAGAGAAGGAGGAUAUUGACAUGAUGCAAGAGAAAAAACAACAAGAAGAUGAAGACAGUGGGGUUGAUAAUGAAAGUCAAAUACUCCGAGAAUCUUCCACAAGUCCGGUGCCGAACAAUGGAGGAGGAGGAGGUGGGGGCUGCAAGGCCAUCUCCAAGAUUCCAGUGGCAGUUGGUGCCAACCAGAAGACAGAACAGCACCGGCUGGCAAAGUGCAUGUCCUGGUCCGGCGAUCUGACACCAGGGCUGCGCAGGCGUCGUCAGACCGAGAAGUAUGUCACUGACCCCAGCCAAUUGAAGUUACGGUUCAAGAGGCAUUCGAGCAGCGGUUUGCGCGUGCGCGGUAUUUCGAACUGCCUGAUCGACGCGCCCCCCGAAAGCAGCCCCGACAGUUCCGAAGGGCCCCCUCCACCACCGCCGCCCAACGGGGAACCCUCAGCAGAGUCACAAGUGCGAUGUCGAAGGUUCCGGCCCGUCGAGAAGGAGCAUGGCAUGACAUGCUAAGAGUGCAGCGAGUGGUGUGUGUGUCGAAUUUUCCCAUGUAGUACUUUCUCGUAACUAGUAUAUAUAUAUAUACCAAUGCGUAAAUGCUUCUAUUUUGUUGAUGCCAUUGUUGAUGAACGUUAUUUGGGCUGACUAGUCUCCGGAAUAUCUAAUAUUAAAGCCCUACGCGUGAAAAAUGUGUGUUUCAUUUAAAAUGUACCUCACGGAAUUUGAAAAUUAUAAUGAUUACUCCCAGACUCCAUUUUUUUGAUAGGUUGGAGGUUUAAGAAACGACCAGCUUUGGAUUACAUGUUGGAAAAUCUGGUUGGAUUGUACGAAAUCGUAGUUUUCACUGCAGAGCCUGGUAUGACAAUUUUUCCAGUAAUUGAUGCUCUUGAUAAGAAGAAUCUCAUUUCCUAUAAGCUAGUGAGGGAUUCAACACACUUUGUUGAUGGACAUCAUGUCAAAAAUCUUGACAGGCUUAACAGGGAUCUGAACAAGGUGGUGGUGGUAGACUGGAAUGAAGAAUCUGUGAAGUUCCACCCUGACAAUCGUCUGAACAUAUCAAGGUGGACAGGAAAUGACGAAGAUAUGGCCUUGGUAGAUCUUACAUCAUUCUUAAAGACCAUAGCAAUGACUGAGAUAGAAGAUGUGAGAGAAGUGUUGAAGUACUACAAGCAAUUCCCUGAUCCAUUGGCAGAGUUCAGAAACAGACAAAGAGAUUAUUAUGAGAAGCAGGAACUACCACCAACAAAGAGGCCCCAACAGUCUAUCAAGAAGUAUUUUGAUUACCUUAUGUAACUUUCUUUGCAAUAAAGUGUUAUGCUUUUA